AUGGCUGCAGCUUGUGGAGACAGCAACGGUAGUCGCUCAUGGGUUGGGCAGCGAGCGCGGAUAGGAACCAACCUCGUGACCAUUCGGUGGGGGCCAGGAGAGCUGCAAGCACCUGCAAAGCCGGGGGAGGCCGGGUACACCGACACCAGUAAGCCUGAGUCCGUGGAAGUAGUCGGGGUUGAGUACGACGAGGCAAGUCGACAAUCAAGGUCCGCACUGAAGUUGUUGAUGUCAUGCCUGCAGCAGAUCUUGGCAGCAGGGAUUGCAGUCCUCAUCACAGUGCUGGAUAACUUCCCGUACGGAUUCUUGGUCUUCCCGAUGGCUCAUGAACUCCACGGCUUGGGAGUUUCGAUGGUGUUGCUUUCCGCUGCCAUAGCCCAGGCUGUGUUCUCUUGUUGUUCGAAUUUGCCCGAGGGGCUUGGAUGCAUGAUCGUCGAAAACAUACCGAUGCUGCACUCCAUGGCAAGGUCGGUUUCAAUAUCCUUGGCUGACCGACCCGACAUGACUUUGCCCACAACUCUUGCUUUAUAUGCGACGGCAUCGCUUGCAACAGCCGUUGCCUUUUUGCUUUUGGGCUAUUUUGAGCUGGAGCGAGUGUUUAUGAUUCUGCCCAAGCCUGUAUUGAUGGGCUGCAUCGGUGGGAUGGGAAUCUACAUCAUGGCAGCAGGUGUGGAGGCCAGUACUGGCAUCAGCUGGGGGAGCCAGGCCGCUUUUGUGGAGCAAGUUGCCCAAUGGCCCAAAAUCCUUCUACUGGUGCUGUUGGAGCUGAUGCUCUUGAACUUUUUAAAGCUCGCUAAGGGUAGGGAAUGGGAGUCCUUUGUGCUGCCGGUCUUCUUCCUGGGACUGGUCCCAGCGAGCUGGAUUGCUUUGUCAAUGGCUGGCUAUUCCCACGAGCUGGCACAGCAGCAGGGAUGGAUCUUCAAAGACUUUCCACAGGCGGCGACAUAUCAUUUUGAACUCUUGAAGGUGGAGCUGGUUGCGUGGGAGGUGUUCCCUUAUCAGCUGCCACUGCUUGUGGGAAUCGUGGUUUUCAGCUGUCUGCAUGUUCCUGUGAACGUGCCGGCCCUUGCUCAAGCAACCGGACGGGAAGUGAACGUCAACCGUGAGCUGGAGGCGCAUGGCAUCGCAAAUUUGAUAGCAGCAUGCCUUGGCACCCUGCAGAACUACAUGGUCUACUCCUCAAGCCUACUGUACUUCAAGUGUGGUGGAGGUUCUCGGAUAACUGGUAUCUGCGUGGCAGUAGCUGUGCUGAUGAUUAUUCCGUUGGCCGGUUCUGUGAUCUCGUUUCUGCCUCGAAUCCUGGCCGGGGUUCUCCUUGGUCACCUUGGUGUUGAGCUUGUGUGGGAAGCUCUUGUUGAUACAUGGCCCACUCUAGACUUGCUGGAGUACGUCAUUGUCGUCUCCAUAGCUUGCAUUUGCACGAUCAGCUUCAUCUACGGGCUUUUGAUCGGCUUACUGUGUGCCUGCAUUGCCUUCGCAGUCCAAGCCGCGCGCUCUGAUCCUGUUCGCUUUACAUUCUAUCCACGACGGGGCGUGCGCUCGCGAAAGUUAAGAAGCCAGUCGGAUCUUCAUAUUCUCGAAGACUUCGACAACCAGGGUGGCUUCCUGGUGCUGCGACUUCAUGGCGUAUUGUUUUUCGGCAACACGUACUCUUUGCCGAAGAGGGUGCAAGACAUUCAGUGCAAGGCUCUGAUUCUGGACUUUGCUCAGGUGGUCUCCAUUGACUCCUCAGCAUACAGUCAGCUGAAUGCCUUGGCAACAAACUUGCAGAACAAGGGCAUCAAGCUGCUUUGCAGUGGCCUCCAGACAGAGAUGCCCAAGGUCCAAAGGUAUCCAGAACUUUGUGCCGCAAGCUUUUUUCCUGAUAUGGAUUCGGCAGUUCAAAGAGUAGAGGAGAUCGUGCUGACCCUCUCAACUGCCCCGUCUGCCCGGCCCCGCAGUCUGCCCCGGAUGCCUUCGACUCCCAGUCAAAAACCAUGGGCAGCCGAAGCUUCAGAGGCGGACAAGCAGUUCUUUGAUGAAGUCUGCAGCUGCCUAAUGGAGCCUUUGGACCUUCCGCAGCCAGACACGAGCGCGGCAUUGAGAGCUUUCUUCGAGUUCCAGCGUGCUGGAGAAGGCACCGUGUUGUGGAAUCCCGGGGACCCUUCGGACUUCGCCUUCCUGCUCGUCAGUGGACACGUCGGUGUUUGGGAUGACUACUGUGAGCGAGUCGACGCACAAACGGCGGACAACCGGAAUUUUGUGGAAUGCAGUGUGAGAGGGCAGUUCACUGGCGAGCUGAACCUGUUCACUGGUGAGUCGCGAAAGAACAGAAUUGUUGCUACUGAAGAUCUCUCGAUGUGGACGGUCACGCGGAGCAGCCUGAGCCGCAUGCAGCAAGAUGCGCUGCCGCUCGCGUUUGCUCUGCAAAGCAUUGCGCUCCGUUAUGCUUCGCACAGGAUGUACCUGAGCAUGCUGGAUGGCCAUGAGGGGUUGGGCAAGCACAGUGGCACUUACCAGGGCAAGGCGCUAUUCACUUGCCAGGACGGUCAUGGCAGCUUUGUGAAGGUGGAGAAGCUUGAACUUGGGAUGCCGAUUCAGCGUGCCAUUGCUGAGAAGUACUUUGCUGCAGCUCUGCCAGAGGCAGCCAAAAAGAGCACACGGCAAGAGACGCUGGAUGCCAUGGAGUACAUGGACUCCAAGGGCAGGGAGAAAGCCAUGUCAGUGGAAUUUGUUGGCCGCUAUGACAUCGAGCAGCGACAGCAGCGCCUGGAAGGAUUCGUCGAGAUGUCUUUAGCAGAGAGUGCCCUCGCUUCUCGCUACCCCGAUGAGAUCUGGUCGGGUGACUGGAGCUUGCCCAAUUUGAAAAGUCUCUGGCUAGACAAAACCUUGAUCUGCGAGUGGGCUGACAUAGCCGCGAUUUGCGAGCUGUGCCCCAACCUGGAGUGGCUUUCGCUGUCAAGGACGCGGCUGAAGUCUUGUAAGCCAGGGGCGUUGCCUCCACCUGCUCAUGAACCGAACGGUAUGUCAGAUCGGUUGGUGUUCAAACCGUUCGUAUGCAAAGUGCGGACGUUGAUCUUGAAUGGCACAGGGAUCACCUGGACGGAUAUGCUUGCUGUGGACUCACUAGGCCUCUUCCCGCAGUUGGAGCACCUGCAUCUUUCGCAAAAUUCUUUGGAGGAGGAUUUGAUUGGCUCUCAGCGGGACCAACAUAAUCUCUUUUCCUGUGGUUUCUGUGCCUGCUGCUGCAGCAAGCAGACCAUCGCGACCAUGGCAUCCGUUCCAAAGAUCAACACUCCCAUCACCGAGAUGUUUGGCAUCCAACACCCGGUAAUCCUGGCUGGCGGGAUGCUUACACUUCAGGGACAGCUGGCCAAGUGGUGCAAGCAUUGGCCCGGAAUCAUACAGAUGUUCUUGCAAGCCGCAGGUAUGAACAUUGCUGCCAGUCCUGAGCUUGCCGCCGCUGUCACCAAUGCAGGCGGGAUGGGAGUUUGGGGUGGGGUCAACUACACACCGAAGAUGUUUCGGGCCAAGAUCAAAGAGCUGAAGGAGAACCUGAAGGACCCGAACGCACCUUUUGGGGUCGAUCUGUUGAUUCCUCAGGUGGGAGGAAACGCCCGUGCCACAAACUACGACUACACCAAAGGGGAUCUGCCAGAACUCAUCGAUAUCACCAUCGAGAUGGGGGCCAAGCUCUUUGUGAGUGCUGUCGGCGUGCCUCCCAAGUACGCAGUGGACAAGCUACAUGCUGCGGGCAUUCCUGUCAUGAACAUGAUCGGAGCCCCGAAGCACGUGCAAAAGGCCCUGGAAGCAGGCGUCGACAUUAUUUGUGCACAAGGCGGUGAAGGUGGCGGCCACACAGGAGACGUUGCCACAGGCAUUUUGAUCCCCAUGGUGGUGGACCUGUGCAAGGGCCACAAGUCUCCGCUAACUGGCAAGCAAGUGCCAGUCGUAGCUGCCGGCGGCAUCGCAGACGGCCGCCACCUUGCAAUGGCACUUGCGCUGGGUGCAGACGGUGUUUGGGUUGGAACGCGCUUCGUUGCCUCAGUAGAGGGUGGUGCGCCCCAAGGGCACAAGGAUGAUCUUGUCAAGGCCAGCGUGCAUGACACCCACCGAACAGAGAUUUACACUGGCCGUCCGAUGCGAAUCAUCAAGAACAAGUAUUCGGUCAGCUGGGAGGAGGACCGCGGCAAGGAGAUGAAAGACUGCUUGAAGGGAGGCAUCAUUCCGUACACGAAAGAUGUGCAGCUCAUGGAAGAGAAGGCUAAAGGCCUGAAGCAGGACGUGCCUGUCCCAGUGGGUCUUGACGCAGGCCACCCAUGGCUUUGCGGGCAAGUUGCCGGCAUGAUCAGCGACAUCCUGCCUGCUAAGACUAUUGUUGAGCAGAUGGUUGAGCAGGCUGCCACGCUGCUCCAGUCAAACAGUGCGAGAGUCAGCUGGCCUGUCUAUUUGUGGCUCGCUGGAGCGGACUGGCGGCUGAAUCAGCUGGAUCGUGAGUUGUACCUGCGGCGUGCGAUUGCUGCCUUUCCCUCGCUGCAGGCCCUGCACCUCAACGCCAACCUGCUUGGGGAAAGCAUUGAGGGUCUGGCGCAAGCUGCGGCCGACCAGACACCGAGACGCCUAACAGCCUUGUUCCUGAACGAGAACAAGCUUGCAUCCUGGAGGAGCAUUGGUGCAUUGGCCAGCUAUGCCCUCCUGGAGCUGAAGGUGCAACGGAUACCUCUCACAGACUCGGGAUCGCCGCUUGCUUCCCCCAUGCUUCUGCGACAGGUUCUGAUUGCUCUCAUGCCGACACUCAUGCGGCUCAACGCGUCUGAGGUGACUGUGAAGGAGAGGACUGCUGCAGAGAGGUAUUUCCUCUCGAUUGCGCAUCAAACUGACAGCCCUCUGGUAAAGGGUCUUGCAGAGUCUUGCAACAUCGCAGACCACGUUGAAAGGCUGCGUGCAAUACAUGGCACGGUUGUCGGUGGUGACAUCACUGAACACUCGCAAGCCUCGCGAUCUGCAUUGUCCAAUGCACUUGUAGAGGUCGCCUUGCGGCCUGUUGGUGCAGCAAUUGUGGAGAAGCCUGUCGCGCGAAAGAAGGUGCCUCACACCAUGACGGUGGGGGAGCUGAAGAGACUGGCACAGCUUCUCUUCAAGCAGGUGCCCUUGGACAGAUUGGUCUUGACUUUGGCGGAUGAUGGCCUUCCUUUCGGGGUGCCUCUUGAUGAUGAGGCCAGGGAGCUUGGCUUCUUUGGCAUCGGUGAUGGAGCCGAAAUUCGAGUGGACGAUGCGGCAGACGUUCCACCUCCAAAGGUGUGA